AGCGUCAAUAACGCAAGAUUGGAGCAGUGAGAGAGUGCAACUACUUUCUAAUAUCGGUCUGCACCUGUCAUGCUGGCCACAGCCUCGCUGUACAACAGUGUUCACAAGUGGACAAACUCUGACCGAAUCUGGAUGUGUGGCAUUAAGGAAGAUAGGAGAUCUUCACUCACAGAUGCAGAAUCCAGGAAAAGUGUUCCACAGCCAGUAGGGACGGAUGGUACUUGUAUUAGCAGCCACACUGAAGUGGCGACUGAACGAAUGAGCAAUGGUGCCCAUCAAGUCGAGUGGGAUGAAAGUAACUUAUUGCAGGAGGAACUUCAAAAUUGCAAGGAUAAUGAGCCUGAAAAAUCUGUUCGCAAAGAAGAGGAGGUCACCUUCAUGACCACUUCAGACACACAGUUAAAGACUGACAAAGUUACAGAUGUGGAAAGUAACUUGCUGCAUGGGGAAAUGCCAGAAAGUGGAGAUAAGAAAAUGAAAAAUUUGGAGAGUACGGGCAUGCCUCGUAAAGCACAACAAACUCUGUCAAAAACUACUUGCACUCAGGAAAACACUGGGGAACCAGAAAAGACUAUAAAGCAAAAAGUGAUUCCUGGGACUGAAGCUAAGUAUCAAGGACUCCCCUGGAAUGAUCCACAAAUAGACAGUGCUAAAUCAGGGAAUUGCCGCCCUUUUGAUGCACCAAACUCAUUAAACUUGUACAAACCUGGUUUAUCAUCAUCCCAGAAUUUACACACUGUUACUCAACCAUUUUUUUCACCCAUGUUUAACCAGGGUCCCCAUUUGAUGUACUUACCUCCAAACUUAGUCCAUCCCCAUGUUGCACCAUCUCUACCAACAACUUUAGGGGUUACAGUGCAGACAAUACCGUCAUUUUUACAAAGUAAAGGAGGCAGCACUAAUCUAACACCUGAUCUACAUUCAUAUUCUCAUCCAGUGAUGCUCAACAAAUCUUUGACUUCAGAAUCCAAGAUCAAACAUACUGCUGACUACUCUCAGCCCCUGUUUGCAAAAAGUAAAACUGAAUCAGAAUCAUCUCCGCAACAACAGAUUUUAGCCUCUGCUUCCCAUGCUUCACUACCAACUUCCCGCGUUUAUUUCAGCCCAGGCAGUGAAUUAUCUUUGGGACGAAAGAGCCCAAAUUGCCAAUUACCUAAACUUCCUGAGUGCAGUUCUACUCAUCAGCGUUCAAUUGGGCCUUCAGAAAAUUCACACCCUCCAUUCAUAGUAUUUAGAUCUCCACCUCAACUUGAGAAGCAGAUAUAUCCAGAGGGAUCCCAUGACUUGCCACUAGAUUUGUCAGCAAAAUCAAGCUGUCAUGGUAUAGGGGUUAAACAGAAUUCUUUCCCUGAGCUGCGAAAAACACCACCUAUGCCAGUAUUGACGCCUGUUAAAGGAGAUAGAUCAUUCUCUCUGUUGCACUCGAAAAAUGAUGGCAUCUCAUCACAAAUUCCUCAAAGUAUCUAUAGUGCCAGCAGUAUUAAAGGAAACUUUGGUUUAACAUCACCUGUUGUGGUUUUUCCAGAUACUAUAAGAAAUGGCGCUACUCUUCAAAAGAAUUCAAUUGAUCCUUUAACUUUACAGCCAUCGAACCCAGCUUGGUCCUGGGUAAAAGGUUCCAGUAAAUUGGUAAACCAUAACCCACGGACUUUCGUUGGUGUAGCCAGUGCUAUACCUGCAUCUAUGUUACAGAUUGGUAAUGAAGAAUCUAAGAAUGCUGCUAAGCAAGAGCCAAUUUCAAUUGUUUACCAGGGAGAUUGCCAGUUAUCACUUUCGAAUGGUGACAAAAGUGGGGAGGCCAGAAAAGGUACAUGUGAAGGUCAAGGUGUAAAAAAACCUAAUAGUCAAUCGCAUAGCUGUUUUGUAUCCACCCCCGGUGAAGUGGCAUCAUUUCAUUCAAAUGCAUAUCCCCCAUUCGUCAUUAACCACCUUUAUCUGGCAAAGGAUAAAACUCCAUUUCAUCAUUCAUCAUUAUUAACUAAUGGCAGUUGUUCAGCACAACAGCUACCACCAGCUCAAGGAAUUCCUUAUGGGUUAGCAUCUUCCAGAGGUGAAUAUACUUUAUUUCAAAGCCCACGUCAUCUGGGGGCUGUUUGGACACCUCAGAAUUGUGGAAAUAAAACGAAAGAAGACAAACUACAAAUAAUGGCAUCGCCAUUGUCCAACUUGGAGACUAUUGUUCAUAAUCGGGCUUUGGAACUAUUUGCAAUUGAAAAUAAAAAAGACAAUCCUAAAUCAUUCACUCCAAAUGCAAUAAAUAAGGAAGGUACUUCUCAAGAUUUGAACCAAUCAGCCUCCAGUAGUGCAGUUGACUUGAGCCAUUUACCUUCUGAAAGCAGAAAUGGUCAGAAAGAUCAACAAAAUAUGAUUUCUACAAUCAAGAAAGACAAUAUGGAUAAAACCAAUAAUGGAAUUGCAAGUGAAAAUUCUAAUAAUUCAACGGGUGAUAUGGAAGAAGAUGGAAAAUUUCAAAAUAAGGAGCAAAAAGGACAAAGAAUAAUUACUUCUUUGCCAUUGAGCAACCAGCCUUUAAUUAAUCAUAGCCAUAGUAUUAAAGAUCUUCCUAUUGUAGAAAGUGACAAGAGGGUAGAGCUAGCAACCAUUCAGGAGUUGGCAUGUGGAAAUACAACAUCCUCGGAAUUAUCUACAGAUGCAGAUGAAUCAAUGACUAAAGCUAUAUGUAAUGAGAAAGAGCAUUGUGGACCAGUGAAAUGUACUGUUACCAAAGAAAAGAAGGAUGGUUCAGUGAAGAAUCUAGUUUCUAAAUGUAAAGGACCUAAUUCAGUUAGAUGCAGUACAAAUCCAUCUAGCUAUAUUGGAAAGAAGUUCAAAUGCACUAAGAAGGAAGAUAUUGUAAGUUGCAAAAGAUUAAAUCGGGAACAGCAGACCAUUCAGGGAUCCAAAAGACGGUCAAGCAGUCUCGAAGUGAGUCAUAGAGAUAGCGAAGAUGAUGUCUGUUCAUCCAAAGGACUCGAUGGAGAAAGAAAAAGCAAACGGCUGAGAACACCAAAGACUGAAUGCUCUUCUAGAACAGCAAUACAAGAAAAAGAUCUUUCUUUAAGAAAAGGCAAAAAUAGUUUUAAGGACUUCAUUCCAGUGGUGUUGAAAACUAGGACUCGUAGUCAGUCGGAAAGUUUCUGUGUCUCAUCAGUACAUGUGACUUGUGACCAGACGGACAGUACAUUGGAAGAAAGUCAGCUUAUGCAUGAGGAAGUGGACGAUGAUGUAAAAGCAAAGAAGAGUUCAAGAAGUUGGGAGCAGUCUACAACGGAGAAUAAAGGGACCAAAGAAGAGAAUGAGGUGGGAAGGACUGGCAACUCGAUAACUGAAGUGGGUGAACAGAAUAGUUUGGAAUCACCUGACUCGAGUUGUAUAACAGAGAUUGAUGGGAAUUGUAAAAGUAGUAAUAAACGAAACCCUGCCAUCAAAACACAAAUAAGAACCAGUAGGAAGAAAUUCAAAAGUGAGAAGGAUUCUGAAGUACUUUUAUACAAAGGGGAGGAAAAUCAAGAUAGCACAGGAAUAAAGACACGGAAAGCUGUUACUACAGGAACGUGGACACCUCCUACUUCACCGCGAAAGAGACUUGCUCCUUCAGGCAAUUUGCCCAGUACUGAUUGGAAUCCGAGUGUCAGACACAGUACUCCUGUGUCAGGAGGUUUACGAAAACGUAAAGAGUCUUGUAGCGCAGGGUCUCUCAACUUGAGUCACAUACCUGAAUCUCCAAGCCAGUUUCAGUCAGAAAAACCAUCAGGAAAACGUAAAUGUAAAACAAAGCAUAUUAGCGGACCCCAGUCCCCAGAAGAAGGUGCAAGCAACCAAGGAAGACACAAGAUAAAAGUAAGGCAAAAACGCUCUGUAAAACGCUCAGCAUUAGUGCUCGAUUCUGAUUGGAGCCCAUCACCAAAGAAACAAUGUGAUCAUUCAGCCCACUGGAAAAAACGGACGUCCUCAAUUACUCCUGUAAAAUAUGCAACAGUGCCACGGUCACCAUGUGUUCAAGGAGAGACAUCCACGGGCCAGCAGUCGCAAUCUGAAACACGAAAGUUAAUAGUAAAUAAGAAUGCUGGUGAAACACUGCUACAGAAAGCAGCACGAUUAGGCUAUGAGGAUGUAGUUAUCUACUGUUUGGAGAACGCCAUUUGUGAUGUCAAUCACCGGGAUAAUGCUGGGUAUACAGCAUUGCAUGAAUCUUGUGCACGUGGCUGGCUUGAUAUCGUCACACGGCUCCUGGAGCAUGGAGGAGAUGUAAAUUGCAGUGCACAGGAUGGUACCAGACCUAUUCAUGAUGCUGUCGUGAAUGAUAACCUGGAUGUUGUCCAUGUUCUUCUGUCAUAUGGUGCAGAUCCCACCCUUGCUACCUAUUCAGGUCAGACGGUUCUGAAGAUGGCUCAUAGUGAGCCAAUGAAACAGUUUCUUUUAGAUGACUAA